AUGAGUCAGUAUAAGAUGAAGACGCUGGUGCUGCUGCUGAUGCCUCUGGCUUUGGCAACUAACACUCCUCAAAGGCCUCGUAGUCAAUUCACACGUUACCGCUCAUGGAACUCCCGCAUGUAUCCCGUAUGGAAAGAUGGAGACCCAAGGUUUCGAAAUUGUUGGUCUGGUGGACAAGUUACAUUUGAUCUGAAGAACGAUGCCCCUACGCUUCUUGGAGCAAAAUCAACCUUCAGCAUUAAUCUUAAUUUCCCUCCAAACCAAACAGUGCUAGCCGAUGGUCAAGUAGUCUGGGCACGUAACUGCACUAUUGAUGGCCAGCAGUUUCAGGCGGGCCAGGCUGUAUAUCCAGACCAGAAUAAUGAGAUGACUGGAGUUUUCCCGGAUGGCACGGCUUUCACAACAUCCCGGGAUAGGAAGCCCCGCUAUGUCUAUGUGUGGAAGACAUGGGGAAAGUUCUGGCAGGUGGCAGAUGGACCUUCCAGCUCGCUUACCAUCUCCACAGAUGGUGUCUCCCUGGGCUCCUACAGCAUGGAGGUUGUCAUCUACCACUGUUGUGGAAAAAACAAAUUCAUCCCCCUCGGCUACGCCUCCACAGUCUUCACCGUCACAGACCAAGUUCCCUUCACUGUAUCCCUGGCUCAAGUCAAUGACAUAAACCAAGACGACUCUAACUUCAUCCAGAACCGAGCCAUUGCUUUCAGCAUCAACCUUCAUGAUCCCAGCCAGUACUUGAGCAGUGCUGAUAUAAGCUUUAGCUGGGACUUCGGAGACAGCACCGGAACACUAAUUUCCAGGGAGCGAACUGUCACGCACACGUAUCUUGCAGUGGGGACCUUCAAACCUCAAGUUGUCUUAAUGGCCAGCAUCCCCAAUGGUUGUGUUAACCCUUCUCCUGGGGCUCCUGCUGAUGCACCUGCUGUACCAGUUGUGGUUGUGACCCCUGCAACAGAACCAGCAACAGCAGAAGUACUUGACCCUGACACUGUCCCAGCCGCAGCUGAUCCACCUAUUGCAGAUGCCGUUGCAGUCGAGGCCUCAGAGCAGCCGGCUGAAGCAGGCGCCGACACAGAUAAUGCAGAGGCCGCAAUUGACGCGGGAGCGGAAGAAGUAGAGGCGGUCUCAGUAGCCCCCGCAGCGAUUGAUGCAGCCGUUGCUCCAGCAGAAGAAGAUCCAGCUGCUACUGCUGCAGAUGUUGCUCCUGAGGAUGCUGCUGCCGUCGAGGUGGCCACUGUUGCGCCUCUUGAACCUGCAGAUGAAGGCGCCACUGAAGUGGAAACCGCUGCUGUGGUUGAAGUUACAGAGGAAGCUGCAGAGAAUGUGCCCGCACUUGACGCAGCUGCUUCCCUAGCUCCAGUAGCAGAGGGAGAAGAAAAUGCAGUAGAUGUAGCCGCUACAGUUCUCCCAGAAGCGGUUGUCACCGAAGUCACCGUAGAAGAAGCUGUGGUGGCUGAGGAUGGUGCAGAAGUGGUCCAGACUGAAACAGAAGCCCCCGCUGACAAUGUUGUAGCCCCUGCAGACACUGAAGACACCACUGUGGAGGAGGCAGUGGCAGAUGUUGCUGAAGCAGAAAUAACUGAGACGGACAACGAUGAUGCUGUUGCAACUGCAGCUCCAGCAGUAGAAGAUAAGGUUGUAACUGCAGUCGAAGCAGAGGUGGAAGCAGAUCCAGCACAAGUUGCCCUUGUUGUGGUCAAAAGACAAGCACCAGAAGUUUCAGCCGAUUGCAUGAUCUACCGAUAUGGCUCCCUUGCCACAUCUGUUGAUGUCGUCCAGGGUAUAGAAAGUGUCGAGAUUGUACAGAUGUCCAAUGUUGUGUCAUUGGCAACUGAGCUGGUUCAGAAUGCAGUUGAUGUCACCGUUAGCUGUCAAGGGAGUUUACCAAGUGAGGUCUGCACAGUUGUUUCGGAUGCUGACUGUAUCACACCGGUGGAAACCGUCUGCUCCGCGGCCGUGCCCUCUCCGGACUGCCAAAUGGUCCUUCGCCAGUUCUUCAAUGAGUCUGGCGUUUUUUGCCUUAAUGUUUCCUUGACCAAUGAUGUCAGUCUUGCUAUGGCAAGUGCUCGUGUCAACGUGGCAGUAGCCUCCGGUGGUUCGCCAACUGGAACUGCUGCCAUCAUCCUGGGUGUGAUGGUGCUUGCCUGCGUGGUUUGCUGUGUCGGUUUAAUGUACAGACGCUUCAAGCAGUACCAGCCACUGACAGAAGACAGCGAUGGCAGUAGCUCGGCAGUGACGUCAGUGCCUCUGCUGCUGUGGAACUUGCUGAUGAGACAGUCGCCUGGAGAGAGCCGCCCACUGCUUCAGGGGAGGAUUGUGUGA